UGCUGAUCAUUAGCGACAGAAGACAGGGAUUUGGGAGGGGUGUGGGGGGAGCAAGUUUGACACAUGUGAGAAUCCCCGAAGCAGUUGGGAUGCGUCCGCAUACUUGAAUUUUCAGUUGGUUAAACUAGUGGAGUAGGGUUUUAAGGGCGGCGCUUUGCAGAUGGAGAAAAGUGUAAACCCUAAAGGAAAUUGUGUAAGGCAGUAAAAAACAAUGAGCCCCACUCGCUUAGUUCCAGCGACAGGAGUGCGGUAUGCGUAUGAUUAAUUUUGAAGUAUAGUGAAGUUUAAAGUCAGUGCGAGGCACUGGGGCUACUCUUAGCGGCGUUCUGUAGGCGCAAUGGCUGCUCAAUGCGACUCUUUGACCGGAUACCUGCAACAAUCGGACCCGGGCUCAAACAGCGAACGUAGCACUGACUCCCCUUUGCCCGUUUCUGAGGAUGACUCCAGUGGACCACCCGCCCCGCCAGACCCGGAGUGGACAGAGGAGAGAUUUCGCGUGGAUCGCAAGAAACUGGAAGUUAUGCUAUUAGCUGCCACGGAAGGGAGGAUCAAUGGAGGGGAGGAUUUCUUUCAGAAGGUCAUGGAUGAGACCAAAACACAGAUCGCGUGGCCAUCGAAACUGAAGAUAGGCGCCAAAUCUAAAAAAGAUCCUCACAUAAAAGUGAGUGGGAAGAAGGACAAUGUCAAGGAGGCGAAGGAGAAAAUCAUGUCCGUCCUUGAUACGAAAAGCAACCGCGUGACUCUCAAGAUGGACGUGUCGCACACGGAACACUCCCACGUCAUCGGGAAAGGGGGAAAUAACAUCAAGAAGGUCAUGGAGGACACCGGCUGUCACAUCCACUUCCCCGACUCCAACCGAAACAACCAGGCUGAAAAGAGCAACCAGGUGUCCAUUGCAGGCCAGCCAGCAGGAGUGGAAGCAGCCAGAGCCAGAAUCCGGGAGCUGCUCCCCCUGGUCCUGAUGUUUGAGCUGCCCGUGAUGGUUCAGAUGAACCCUGACCCCAGCUCCCCCGCCAUCCAGCACAUCUCCCAGACCUACAACAUCUCCGUGUCCUUCAAGCAGCGCACCAGGCUCUACGGGGCCACGGGCGUGGUCAGGGGAUCGCAGAACAACGCCGCCGCCGUCAAGAGGGGUACUGCCGUUCUGUUGGAGCACCUGGCCGGCAGCCUGUCCAGCGCCAUCUCGGUGAGCACCCAGCUGGACAUCGCGCCCCAGCACCACCUCUUCAUGAUGGGCCGCAACGGCAGCAACAUCAAGCACAUCAUGCAGCGGACCGGGGCCCAGAUCCACUUCCCCGACCCCAACAACCCCCAGAAGAAGUCCACCGUCUACCUCCAGGGCACCAUCGACUCCGUCUGCUUGGCGCGGCAGUACCUCAUGGGCUGUCUUCCCCUGGUGCUGAUGUUUGACAUAAAGGAGGACGUGGAGGUGGAACCACAGUGUGUCACGUCUCUGAUGGAGCAGCUGGACGUGUUCAUCAGCAUCAAGCCAAAGCCUAGGCAACCCAGCAAGUCCGUGAUCGUGAAGAGCGUGGAGCGGAACGCCCUGAACAUGUACGAGGCCCGGAGGUUUCUCCUGGGCCUGGAGAGCAGCGGGGUGUCGGCCCCCCCCUGCAGCAGCCCCCCCGCGGUCAUCUGCCCCGUAGGGCUGGACAUCCUGGCCUCCGCCGGGCUGGGCCUCACCAGCCUGGGCCUCCUGCCCCCCUCGGCCACCUCCAUGAGCGGCUCGUCGGUCUCCAGCUCCCUGCUCAACGCGCUGAACAGCGCCUCCGCCCCCAACUCGCUCCUCAACGCCCUCAACAGCUCCAUCAGCCCCCUGCAGGGCCCCGGCUCCAGCGCCCCCAGCCCCACGCUGUGGUCCAGCUCGCUGGCCAGCCCCACCGGCUCCCCGGGAUUCUCCUCACCCCUGAUGAUACAUCCUGCCACUCAGGCUACCCUGACCAGCAUCCUGCUGUCAGGAGUUCAGGGGUUCACCCCUUCCCCUCCCCCAGGACUGGCCCCCAUAGAUACCCACGUCAAUGGGGUCCCCGACUGUGGCAAAACUUCCUCGUCUCUCAACGGCCAUGUCAAGCAUCCCGGCUCGGUUUACGGCAGGAUGUCCGCCGCGUCGCUGGCCGACAACGUCCUGAACCCCGGCCACGGCGACCCCGUGCAGGAGGCCAGCGGACGCUGCCCCUCUGAGCCCCUGUCCAGCAAGUCCAACCCCGACGAAGGGUCCAAUGACGCGUUUGUGGAGGUGGGCAUGCCAAGAAGCCCCUCUCACUCGGCGAACAGCAACGAGCUGAAGCAGAUGCUGGCCUCGUGCAAGACGUCGGCGGGGAAACGGCAGGCCGUGGAGCUGCUGCAGGGCACCAAGAACUCGCACCUCCAUUCCGAAUGCCUGCUGUCCGACUCCGAUUCGAGCGCCUCAGAGAGCCCCGUGGCGGACAAGAGGGCCCCGGGCAGCGAGCGGGCGGCGGAGAGGGCGGCCCAGCAGAAUUCGGAGAGGAUCCGCCUGGCCCCGCAGUCGUCCUUCGCCAGCAUGCAGGCAUUUGACUAUGAACAGAAAAAGCUGCUGGCAACCAAAGCCAUGUUGAAGAAACCGGUGGUGACGGAGGUGAGGACGCCCACCAACACGUGGAGCGGCCUGGGCUUCUCCAAGUCCAUGCCCGCCGAGACCAUCAAGGAGCUUCGCCGAGCCAACCACGUGCCCUACAAGCCGACCAUGUCCACCACUUACGAGGGGUCCCCCCUGUCCCUGUCCCGCUCCAACAGCCGAGAGGUCGUGGGGAGCGGCAGCGACUCGGACAACUGGAGGGAGAGGAAUGGGGGCGGCCUCCCCGGGCACUCUGAAUACCCCGCCCCCAUCAGUCCCAAGAGGAAGCAGAACAAAUCAGUUGAGCACUACCUGAGCAGCAGCAACUACAUGGACUGCAUUUCGUCAGUGACGGGCAGCAACGGGUGCAGCCUCAACGCGUCCUUCAAGGGGUCCGACCUGCCCGAGCUCUUCAGCAAGCUGGGCCUGGGGAAGUACACCGACGUCUUUCAGCAGCAGGAGAUCGAUCUCCAGACGUUCCUCACGUUGACGGACCAGGAUCUGAAGGAGCUUGGCAUUACCACGUUCGGUGCCCGGAGGAAGAUGCUGCUGGCCAUCUCAGAGCUGAAUAAGAACCGGAGGAAGCUCUUUGAGCCUCCCAACAUCCGAUCCUCCUUCCUGGAAGGGGGCGCCAGCGGGCGGCUGCCUCGCCAGUUCCACUCGGACAUCGCCAGCGUGAGCGGCCGGUGGUAGGCCUCGCCGAGGCCACGGUGGGCCAGGGGCGUGAGGGCACCCUCCCAAACCCCCACCCCCAAACCUGCCCCACCCACGCAUAGCAGCAGGUACUCCAGGCCAGGAUGAAGGGGACCAAAGCUUGCCUUCUGUUAAAAGUGCCAAAAACAAAGAAGAAGAAGAAAAAGAAGACAAGCUGUCAAGCCUCACAUCAGUACAUGCCAGACAUGGUACUCCUUUUUGUAUUUUUCGUCAAUGAAGGACCUACGGAUGAGGGAAGUUUCUGUUCUGGUGAAGGACCCGUAUAACUCAUGCACUGACAUGUGUUUGAAGAAAUAGACCGAAUGCUUAGUAAAAAAAAAAAAAAAAUCUUUUGAUACUAUUUAUACGCAAUCCUAGUUUGUUGUAUCAAUCCUGUGCACUUUAAGAAUAGACACUAGAUGCCUGUGGAUUCAUAUUACCCUGGUCUGCAUACCUAUACAAUGUCCAUUUAUGAUAUGAUAGCACUUACUUGGGUACCAAGCCAAAUGUAAGCACAUUGUGUAGUUACAGAUAGUGAUGAUAAUUAAAGCAAAGUCCCAGCAUAUCAACUGAGCAUGGAUGUGAGUAAGAUGAUUUUUUACAUUUUUUUUAUUCUUAUGUUUCAAUCAGUUGACCCUAAGACUGGUCAGUAUUACUCACACCCCAGCAUGGUGCAGUACGUAUAAGUCUGACCUAUAUAUAUUUUUAUAUCAUUAUUUUAUAUUCUGUUUUUUUAUUUAAAGUUUUUUUUUUUAAUCCCUAUUUUUUAUCAGUUUAAAGACAUAUGAUUUGUUUAAAUGUAAUCUUUGUUUGAUUCAUUUUUUUUUAUUUCUGUUUUUUUUAUUUUUAUGAUUGAGUUGGUAUUUUUGAAGUAUUUCGGUAGUCAGUCAGCUCGGUUGGACGGAGGCCUGGGGUAAAAAGCAGGCAGCCAGAAACCUGGAUCACCCCCCCCCCCCCUACUGCCCUCUGCCCUGUGGGCCCAAAUGGCAUUUCUUCCACCCUCUUUCCCCCUGGGGGCCUGUAAGAUCCCCACACCUGGAGCACAGCCCUUUAUGCUGGUUUACGCAGCAGGACUGGAAAUCUGUAAACUAUGCUGGGCUGAUGUUUGUUCUGAAAGGCUAGACAGUGUCUUUGUGUCACGAUUGUGUCCAAUUGUAAGUUUGGUUUUUUUUUUGCUUUUUUUUGUCCCGACUCUUCUUUUCCUCCCGUCCUCUAUCUCUCGAUUGUCAUGUUCAGUUUCACAUGCUUUAAUGGCUUGGAAUAUUUGAACGUAUUGCUAAAGCUUUACCUUAACCGACGUCGACAUUUUGUUUUUGAAUUUUGUUAUCUUACUCGCUUUCUCAAUCUGGACACGGAGGCCGUUCAGUACUGUCAUUCGGUACUUUUCCUACAUCACCCUACAUUGGUGCUAACAGAUCCUGAAGCAGCUUUUUCUGCCCUGUGUUCAUUAGAAGUGUAGCAUACAGCAAAUGCCUUCUCAGAGGGAUAUGUAUUCCAAGCAAAGGGAAAGACCAAGUUGUUGCCCCUCAAUUUGCGGACAAUGUUAUCGUAAACUGUGAAAAAGUUUGCCAGUUUUUUUUUCUUGGUUUAUGAAGGGAUGUUUUCCAACUGAAGACCGCCAAGUGCCUAAAUAUUUUCUCUAUAUUAGUUCUGCAAGUAUAUUUUGGAUAGUCUUCUCAAAGGAAGAAGUUUGAAUGGAAUGUACUGUGUUAUUCCAAAGGUACAACUUUUAAUUUGGAUGUAAACCACUCAAGAAUUAACUUUGCUUAGCUUUUGCAAUAUCCUGAAAAUUGUAGUAUAAUCAUGCUUGUUUGUUAUUGAAAUGUUGAAAAUGUCCAUUUUUGUGUAAAUGGUAGUUUCAAAAAAUUGCACAAAAGAAAUGAUUGACAUCUUUAGCAUACUAAGUUACUGUUCUUUGCCGAUGCAUUGUUAGUGAGUUUGAUAGGACAUUAAUUUUUUGUCUGCAGUAAAUAGUCCUGUCUUUCUCAUAGAAAUGUUAUUUACAUUACUGGUACUGCAGUUUAUCUGCUUUAUACUGUAGUUGUAAUGAUGGGUACUGAAGUACAAUCAGAAAUUAACCUCUCUACACCGUGUAGGGACAAAGUUGCUAUUUCAAAAUCAUUUGAGUGCUGUAGACUAUGCAAGUGAUUGUCAGGUACCAUGUGAUUUCAUGAACAGAAAUCUGCCACAAAAACAUGUUUGUGGGGAUUUUAAGGAUCAGCUAAAGCCCCCCUUCUUAUUUUUCCAGCAAACAAAGUUUUAGUUUUUAGGUGGUAACCUCAUUAAUUCGGUUUAACCUUUUUCAUGCAUUCAAACCCAUCCCUUAGUUUCCAAAGCUGGUGUAUUUUUGUUGAUGAAAAUCUGUGAUUCUCUUACAAAAACAAUGCGCAUGCCCCCUCUGGAAAUUAGAGGGCUUGGGGGGGGGGGGGAGUCUUCAAUUUUGGACAUGGCCUUCUGAUGCAGCAAAGCAUUGUGGGAAGAUUAGAGUACACCAGAGAGAAGGACUUCUUGUUAACAAAGGGGCAAAUACAGAGUUGGAGCUGCACAAAAGGGAACACUGGAAAAGACACAUUUUCUUAUGUUAGAUAAAGGGAAUAUUGCCAAUGCCGUUGUUAAGUAUUGGCUUUGAAAAUUGUAUUAUGCACAAUACAGUACGUAUGAAUCGGUAGUACAAGCAAAGGGUAGCCGGCCAGUGCCUUACGUUUGAUCUUUUUCUUUAUCUGUAAAUGUAAUGCAGAUAAAGAUGUAUUUUGUUGUGUUUAUUGAACUUGUGUAUCAAGGUGUCACUUUGUGUAGCAAACGAAAGUCUGUAUUAAAAAUAAAAAAAUCAAACAUUGUAUACCAAUCGGAGGCCUUGUUACAAGAUAAUAAUAAACGUAUGCAAAAAAAUAUCGCCUUUG